AUGGGGAACUGGGCUGUGAAUGAGGGCAUCUCCAUCUUUGUCAUUCUGGUAUGGCUGGGGAUGAACGUCUUCCUCUUUGUCUGGUACUACCGGGUUUAUGAUAUCCCAGAUAAGUUCUUUUACACUCGAAAACUUCUUGGGUCAGCACUGGCCCUGGCCAGAGCCCCUGCAGCCUGCCUGAAUUUCAACUGCAUGCUGAUUCUGCUGCCUGUCUGUCGAAAUCUGCUCUCCUUCCUCAGGGGUUCCAGUGCGUGCUGCUCAACAAGAAUUCGGAGACAACUGGACAGGAACCUCACCUUUCAUAAAAUGGUGGCAUGGAUGAUUGCACUUCACACUGCAAUUCACACCAUUGCACAUCUAUUUAAUGUGGAGUGGUGUGUGAAUGCCCGAGUCAACAAUUCUGAUCCUUAUUCAAUAGCACUCUCUGACAUUGGAGAUAAGCCCGGUGAAACUUACCUCAAUUUUGUUCGACAGAGAAUCAAGAAUCCUGAAGGAGGCCUGUAUGUGGCUGUGACUCGGCUGGCAGGCAUCACCGGAGUCGUCAUUACACUGUGCCUGAUAUUAAUUAUCACAUCCUCCACCAAAACCAUCCGGAGGUCUUAUUUUGAAGUGUUUUGGUACACACACCAUCUCUUUGUGAUCUUCUUCAUUGGUCUCGCCAUCCAUGGAGCUGAGCGGAUUGUACGUGGGCAGACUAACGAGAGUUUGUUGAAACACCAACCAAGAAACUGUUAUCAAAACAUCUCACAGUGGGGAAAAAUAAAGAACUGCCCAAUCCCGGAGUUCUCUGGGAACCCUCCUAUGACUUGGAAAUGGAUAGUGGGUCCCAUGUUCCUGUAUCUCUGUGAGAGGUUGGUACGGUUUUGGCGAUCUCAACAGAAGGUGGUCAUCACCAAGGUGGUCACUCACCCUUUCAAAACUAUUGAGCUUCAGAUGAAGAAGAAGGGAUUCAAGAUGGAGGUGGGCCAAUACAUUUUCGUCAAGUGUCCCAUGGUGUCCAAGCUGGAGUGGCACCCUUUCACCCUGACCUCUGCCCCUGAGGAAGACUUCUUUAGCAUCCAUAUCCGCAUCGUGGGGGACUGGACAGAGGGACUCUUCAAAGCUUGUGGCUGUGAUAAGCAGGAGUUUCAAGAUGCCUGGAAACUACCAAAGAUAGCUGUUGAUGGGCCCUUUGGCACCGCAAGUGAGGAUGUGUUCAGUUACGAGGUGGUGAUGUUAGUGGGAGCAGGGAUCGGGGUCACGCCCUUUGCAUCCAUCCUCAAGUCGGUCUGGUACAAAUAUUGCAAUAAAGCCCCAAAUCUGAGGCUCCAAAAGAUCUACUUCUACUGGCUGUGCCGGGACACACAUGCCUUUGAGUGGUUUGCGGACCUGCUGCAGCUGCUGGAAACCCAAAUGCAGGAGAAGAACAACUCGGGCUUCCUCAGCUACAAUAUCUACCUCACUGGCUGGGAUGAGUCUCAGGCCAGUCACUUUGCUGUGCAUCAUGACGAGGAGAAAGAUGUAAUCACAGGCCUGAAACAAAAGACCUUGUAUGGACGACCCAACUGGGAUAACGAGUUCAAGACCAUUGGAAGUCAACACCCCAAUACCAGAAUAGGAGUCUUCCUCUGCGGACCGGAAGCCUUGGCUGACACCCUUAAUAAGCAGUGCAUCUCCAACUCCGACUCUGGCCCCAGGGGAGUGCAUUUCAUUUUCAACAAGGAAAACUUCUAA